GUUGAAAACGCGUACUACUUUAUCAUUUUACCGUCGGGUUCGAGAGGACUAGACCAUGAAUCGAUCAAAUUGGAUGCGGUUGUUCGAGCAAAUACAGAACGCAAUAUUAUCUACCUACGCGCAUUGCCAACUGAAAAUAUGACUUCCAUUAUUCUUGGUAUCCUACAGGAGCAGCUUGUCAAACCAUCCACUCUACAGGCAAUCUACGCAUCAGUUUGGUGGAAAGGUAGUGACACUGAACCUUCAACUUCAAACACUGCAUCCAAAAAUACCCUGGUUGACUACGCAUCUGCUCGCGCUGAGGUUGCCAAACUGCGAACCCACCAACUUCCAGCAGCCUCAGGCUACGAGGUCACCGCAACCUUAGUCAGCCCCUAUGACGCUGAACCUCCCAGUCCGCCUUCCCUCCCCUCCACGGAUGAUUGGAUGUGGGGCCCUGGCAACGCAUCAAACCUCAGUUUUGGUGAAUGGCUCCAACGAUAUGUCAACCCUGGUCUUAGUGAUUUGAAACGAUUCCUCAAUUUAAAUAUUUAUUCGCAGUACCUGUACUCAGUCACUCUUGAUGCUCUAGAGUGGAGUAAACUGUCAAAGGACCGCACUCAUCGAUUCUACACGUCUGCCCAAUUGUCUAAUGUUCUCAAUUCUCUUGAGGCCUACUUGGGUCAACAUGCUUCAGAGCGGAGUCUAUCGAAUGAAACUUAUGAGGUGCAUGGAGGUUUACAUCUUGUAGUAGUUAUUGAUUCUCCAACGCGAGAGUACAAUGCCACCUCGCGCAAACCUCUUCGCUUUCAUAUUUCUGGAAGUUCUAGAUCCGAUCCACCAUCAAGUAUUGCUCUUGUUCCUCAAUGGGGAGCUUUUAUAUCUGUGGAUGAUGUGGAUAUUAGCUUGGAAAACCUAGGUGGGGUUUUGGUGAACACCAUUCGGUCGUUUGUUGGACUUUUGGUUCGCAGUCAGGACGUUGUCACCGUUGGUAGGAGUGGAUCGAAGGUCUUGCUGGAGAGUGGUUUAACGACUGAAAAGAUUGUUAAAUGGGAGUUGGACCUCUGGUUGCGUAGACGUGCGAUUGAGAGUCUCUCUACGGCUGUGUUAACUCUAACAUCCUUGGUUCGUACUAUAGAGAGAGUGCCAACGAUGGUCAUCAAUUGGGAGACAGCGAGCCGUGUGAAAUCCGCCGUUUCAGCUUGGUCGGAGGCAGUUUCGGAAUUGGCUUCUCCUCCUUCCACAUCUUCGAAAAAUCCAGGAGCUAAGGCCUUUUGUGCCGCACGCAUCGCACUGGAAAAUGCUGAUGCUGCUUUCUUUGAUCAUAGUCUAUUGGAUCUUCUCUAUUUCCCUUCUGAUCAAGUAUUUGGAAUAUACGUGCCUCUUUUUGUGCCAAUUGGACUUCCUCUUAUCGCUUCCGGCGUGGCGGUAUUAAGAUUCUUUUUAAAGAAGUCGACAUGA